AUGCCGCUAUCGCAACAGGGGUCUACCAACUCCCGAGCAGGUGCUCGAAGUACAACCUUGAGACUUUGUUGUCGUUGUCAUCUCAAAACGGUUUUCGACAUGCCAAGCCUCCCACAGCACUCUUGUCACGGCCAUCAGAUGCUGACAAUUAAUGCGCUCGAACUGAGGAAUGUUGUAUUGCGUGCUCCUCCUGUGAUGCGAGCAAUAGAGGGUCAUAGCCGCAUGAUCGCCGAAGGGGGGGGGUUAAUGGCCUCGGCAAAUUCCCUAGCCACACUGCUAUCCCGGUACACUCACUCACUCACUAGUUGA